AUGAAAAAUGACGUUAUUACUCACGGUAAUAAACGUUUCAUAUUAAAAGGAAAGCCUGGUAGGAGGAUCGGAGGAUUGAUUAACUUCUUCCGGAAGCAUACCAUUCCUAUUGAAACAAUAAUCCUUUACAUCGGAGGCAAUGAUUUGGCGACUGAAACCCCGGAACUCGUGGCCGCGAGAUAUGAAUCCUUACUCAGACUGUUAGAGAACAAAAUCAGACCGCGCCGAAUAAUCAUAUUAAGCCUAGUUUAUAGAAAAGACGUUCAGAAAUGGAAACUGUUAACAAUGGACAAAUGCCUCCAUUUGACAAAUUCUGAUGUGACGCAGCAUCAGAAAAAUAAAACUAUUGACGAGCAACGUCCUGGAUUGAACGUGCUGUUUCACUGA